AAUUGAGAAAAUAAAGAAUAAGAUCUACGCUUGUUAAAAACUAUUACGGAUUUCCAUCCUCGCCAUUCGUGGAGACGUGGAUAGGAUGGGAUUCCAACCCCACGGGGCCCGUUGCACCCCUAAGACUCUCAUGGCAGAUUUGACUGGGUACCAUCCUGGGUCAAUCUCGGGCCGGAACGGAACAGCCAAGCAGCCGCCCCAUAUACCUUAUGGUAGUAGAGUUUGGAUCUCUUUCCUCCGUCCCUGAUAGUUUGGCAGGGUUUUACCCUUAACUUGGUGAGGUGAGUACUCCUCGCACGAUCUUGAAAACUCAUGAGCUUUCAUCUAUUAUUUUGGAGUACCGAAAGGAGUGCUACGGGGAUUCUGUGCUGCGAUCUUUAACAAGAGAACCUAGGAGAAGUGACCAUCUUUCCAUGAAUAAUGGCAGAAUCGAAUUCGAGCACUGCCUUUUUCUUGACAGUGGACCAUUAGUUGUGAGGGGAAGGACCAUGUGGAAGCCAAGAUAGAGCAACUACGUUCAAAAUUGGUGAUAAGUAAUGCAGUAAAGAAUUGUUAUUUGGAACUGCUGCUUGUUAUGUAGAACAUGAAUAACAAUGCCCUUGAAGUUGUAGACAUAAAACAUAUUGGGUGCAAUUCACCUU